AUGGUUAAACUAAGCGACACCAAAGGCGGCGACUGGGAAGAGAUGGCCAAAGUCUACAAGCAACUGACAGUAGAAAUCAGCUCGCGACCGAUUGGAGUCAUGCUCGACAAGGCAAAUGCUCUGCUACCGUUCAGCGAAGCCACCGGGAUUCACGACAAUGGCUGUGGUCCAGGUCCAGUCAUCUCGCGCAUUAUCGCUGAUUAUGGUUCUGUACUUCCAAAGAAUUGCGAUUUGAGUGCAUCAGACUUUGCAGAAGCGAUGAUCGCUCAAGUUCGGCAGACAAAAAAUGAAGAGAUCGAUAAAGAUCCGGACAGCCCUUGGGCACGGGUCGAUGUGUCAUUGUUGGAUGCAAUGGAUCUGCAAGGCAUCAACGACGGAUCGAAAAGUCACGUAUUGGCAGGCUGGGUCUACUUCAUGACGCCCUCACCUCAAAAAUGCCUAGAAGAAAGCAUGCGGGUACUCAAAUCCGGUGGUGUACUAUCAUGUUCAUCCUGGCAAAAUUCCGAAUGGCUCCAAUUGAUGAACUUGGUCCAAGAGAUCCGACCUGAAGCUCCGGUGCCCGAGAUCCCGGAGGGAUGGAGAUCCGCCAAAGGACUUCUUGCAGAAGUGGAAGGUGCAGGUUUCCAGCAGGUUGAAGCCGUGGAGGUUGAUGUUGAGAUGGCUUUUGAGACUCAUGAAGCGUUGCUGGAGAUCCUGACUGCGAAAAUGCCUCAUAUGGUGAAGCUUCUGAGCAGUUGGUCGGAAGGCGAGGUUAAGCGGUUGAGAUCAUUGAUGAGUGAACGAUUGAAGAAGGUCUGUCCUGAGGAGCCGGGCAAGUUGUCUGGUGUCGCGCUUGUGGCUGUAGGUCGAAAGGCGUAG